GGUUUGGAGCGUGACGAACUCGCGUUUGGAUCUGCGGUGGAAGGUGCCACCAAGCCGUGAAUCAUGUUGCCUCAGGUACUACUUCCAUACAUCUGCCUGAUCCUUGUGUCACCUCCCAACUUCCGCAUGCAAGACAACGACAUGUUGUAACCUUCGUCCAUCGCAGUUGGGCUGAGACUUGUAUCAUCAUCAACCACCUCGUUCCUACUUCACCGUUCGUUUCAGCAACGCGGCUCGUUCAUCCAGCGCAGCCGCACCACGGGUGCUGCCCAGUCGCAUCGAAGACACCUCAUUCAUCCGAAGCGUCGCAUUCAAGACAAUACUCCUCAUUCACUCGAAGCUCGCAACGACACAGCCCAUCUCACCAAAACCAUGGCACGAGUCAUGAAGACUCUCAAGUCCAGUCCGAGCAAGCAACAACGGCAGUCAGCAGGCAAACAGCCUACUCGCGUUCCGAUGGCCAGCUUUCGCGGCGGCUCUCCAUGCACCUCGGACGAAAACGCCAGCCACCGCUCUCGCUCCAAGUCUCUCGCCAAAGUCAAGAAGCGCAAGAAGUCCAAGCAACUGAAACCCGAAGCUCCAUCUACCCAUCGCAUGAGGACGCGCUUCCAGACGAAGCAAGCCUCGUACUUCCGGAUCCACGACCUGCCCGCUGAGAUCAGAAAUCAGAUUUACACCCUUGCCACUGUCGACGAGGACAACCACGCUUUUGCAGAUUUCGACAUGCACCCAAUACUGUCGGUCUGUCGUCAAUUCCGUGCCGAAGCUCUGCCCAUCUUCUUCGCCGCCAAUACCUUCUUCGCCACCAUCAGAACCAACUGGUGUUUCCGGCGCGGCCACUGGCACAAACGUGGCAACACCUUCUACAACAUGGCCGGAAAGCUCAACAUGGCCCCUGUAUUCUACAAGCGCACCGCUCGCAACGCUCCCAUGCAAGGCGUCAAGGAGGCCGCCAUCUUUCAAAAUGUGGAGCUGCUGAUCGGAUGCGGCUGCUGCGAUCGUGGCCAUUUCUUGGCGUAUCUCGCCUUGCACGUCAGUGGAGGUAAAACGAAGCUGGUGACCAAUAUGCUCAUGAAUCACUUGCGGGCCAGCGACAAAGCAAACAUCCAGUUGGUACUUGAUCGCGCGGAGGCUCUGGUAGAGCGCAUCAGCAAGCCGGUUGGCUUCAUCGGUUUCACUGCAGUGCACAUCCGCCAGCUAGCGAAGUGUUUCCUGUACACUGGAAAGAGCGCGGAGGCUUUGGCCGUGAAAGAGGACGGCGACCAUGGUGCUUGACCCAAGUUGAAACGCGAUGAGUAUGCAAGAGCUUCGAUGUAGCAAGGGGUGGCACAGGUAUG